AUGGGAGGAACGGAGGAGUCAGUAGAUGAGGAGAGGAAGCGAAGAGAUAAUGAGAUGAGAAUGAUGGAUGAGAUUACCAUCGAUGACUGUGAUAAGGAGAUUGACAAGUUCGUUGAGAACAAUUCUGACGAAGUGGGUCUUGACUGCAACCCAGCGCUUCAAACCAUUCUAACUGAGUUAGAAAAAGUCAGUAAAAACCAGUUGGAUAUGUCCAGACAGUUAUCAUCCUUACAAGAAGAGAAUGUAGCUAAUAAAUUGUCAAUAUGUGAAAUAAAUGAGAAAAUUAAAGAGAGAGAGCCUAAUGACAAUCGGAGCAAUUGGCCAGCUCUAGGGAAAAAAGGGAAGUCUCACCGUUACAGGACUACAAAUGACAUGUCUGAAGAUGAGUCUCAAGUCUGCGUCAAUGGUGCAGGCUCGGCCUCGGACACUUUGGAAGAAAAUAGUUCCAUAACUAACAAAGAAGAAGAAAAUUCGAAUAAGAGUAUUUUAUCUCAAGAAAUGGAAACUAAUUGGAGCCUAGUAUCAAAACACCAAAGAAGACAUAUAAAUAACAGUGGGAGAGGAGACAAUUACGUUGAGCCCAUGCAUAAAGGGAAUAGCGAAAAAAUUACUGCGUCAGUUGCUCACGGCACGUCCUUCCCAAUCACAAACGAAGAAAUCACCAGGCCUACUCAUAAAAGAUCUAAUGGUGACAAAUCUCUUCUUAAGAGAUCAAACAGACCGAUUUACGGGAAAAAAAGUGCAGAAGAUUGUGAUUUGCCAGUAGUGAGUAGACCGGAGUGGUUAUUUGUAAGUAGACUUGGCCCAGAAGUGAGAUGCGAGGAUGUUAAGUCCUUUGUAGCAAACCUAUGCAACAGUGGUGAGGUUAUAUGUGAAAGACUGGAGACAAGAUAUAAAACCUACAGCUCGUUUAAGUGUCUGAGGAACAAAAUGGAAUUGUUAUCCUUUUUUAUUGAUGAUGAGAAACCUGACGUGCUCUGCCUUUCUGAGCACUGGCUAGUCAAGGAUGAGCUAGAAUUUUAUACUAGAAUAUCGGACCUAAACCUGACAACUGCCUUCACUAGAUCUUCAUUUAAAAAUGGAGGCACAGCCAUUUUUGUCUCGCCUGCCUUAAGUUUUAAAACUGUUGACUUGAGUGCCUAUUGUGUUGAAAAAACACUGGAACUUUCAGGAGUUGAACUACAUCUGGAAAACUCGAGUAUCAUAAUCAUCUCAGCCUACCGGUCACCCGAUGGGGAUUUCAAUGAAUUUAUUGAUCUCUUGGAGAAAUGUUUAAAUUUUUUAGCUAGAAAAAAGUCUAAAACUAUAUUACUAGGCGACCUGAACAUACACCUGGAGACCCUGUCCAAAGAAGAAACCACCUUCACCAACCACCUACGAUCUUUUGGCCUGUUCAUUGGAAAUAGGCUACCUACCAGGGGGGAGGCCUGCCUUGACACUGUGGCCACCAAUCUGGAUUCUUGGGACUACAAGGUGUCGAUAGUGGAUGCGCUGGUUGCUGACCACCUUGCUGUUGUAAUGGAGUUGAACUUCGAUGCUGCCCUGAAUUAUCACAAGAAAUCUCCUAGUAGCAGUAAACCAGACAAAAAUAAAAUAGGCCUAAUAGAUAAAUCCUGGUAUACAACAGAUCUCAAAAAACAUAGUAACUAUGUAAAAGCUGUACAUGACAGAUACAAGUAUGAAAAUAGUGGUGGAAAUAAGGAUAGGCUGUUCUCACUCUAUUUGGAAGAAAAAAAAUCUUACAGAAUCAAGGUGCAGGAAGCUAAGAAAAAAGCAAAUAUGAGUUACAUUGAUGCGUGCCCGAACAAAUGCAAAGCUGCGUGGGACGUUGUUAAGAUCAACACACCUAAACUGGAUGUACCAAGCUCUGUUAAUAGCCCUGACGAUUUCAACAACUUUUUCAUCAGGUCUGUGGAGGAAAUUGUGCAGUCAUUGGCCGAAGACCCCAGCGGAGAGGUUUGGAACAUUGAUGGAACCAACGUAAGAACCACAGAAUGUACGCUGAGUCAAUUCAACAUGGUGAGUCCCAAUCAAAUACUCAAUUUAGUUAAAAAUUUCAAGAACUCUUCCAGUCCCGACUACUACGGUAUUUCGUGCCAUAUUUUAAAAUCAAUUAUACAUCAUAUAAUAGAUCCACUCACAGAACUGAUAAACCUAUGCUUGGUCAAGGGGGUCUUCCCUGAGUGUCUGAAGAUUGCUAGGACAGUCCCAAUUCAUAAAAAAGGUGAUUUUAGUGUAAUUUCAAACUACCGGCCUAUUUCUAUUCUGCCAGUACUCUCCAAGAUACUAGAGUCCAUCAUCAAAUCUCAGUUGCUUGAUUACUUUGAGGAAAAUAACCUCCUUUCUACUUCUCAACAUGGAUUCCGGAGGGGCAGGUCUACAGUCACUGCUCUGAUAUCCCUCAUGGAGCAUGCAAACAACACCUUUGAGGAGGGAGGUAUUCUUGCCUUAACUAUGUGUGACCUCAGUAAGGCAUUCGACUGUGUCAACCACAAGAUUUUGCUCAGGAAGCUGUCAGCUUAUGGAGUUUGUAACGUUGCACUCCACAUGCUUACUGACUACUUAGACAACCGUAAGCAGAUAGUGUCCUUGGAGGGAGCUGUCUCCAAAUGUAGGUCUGUGGAGCAUGGUGUCCCGCAGGGAAGUAUUCUUGGCCCUCUGCUCUUCAUUAUACACAUAAACGACCUGGACCUGGAUGGAAGGACCCUUCUUUUUGCAGAUGACUCAACCUUGGUAAACAGAGGAUUCAGUGCUGAUGACGUUCUGUCAGAGGCCAAUGAAACCUUCACCUCUGCAAAAAACUGGUUCCAGAGCAAUAAGUUAAAACUUAAUGAAGAUAAGACUCAAAGAAUAUUAUUGUCUCUAAAAAAAGAAAUCCCAGCAGGGAACAAUGAACCAGUCAAAAUUCUAGGCUUCUGGCUGGAUAACAGGCUUGAUUGGAACUUUCAUGUGGCCAAGGUUUGUUCAAAAUUAUCAAGAGUAAUUUGUCUUCUAAGGAAAUUGACAAAGGCGUUAACUGUGGAUCACCUUCUAGGAAUCUAUCAUGCCCUGUUCCACAGUCAUUUGAACUAUGGUCUUCUGUUGUGGGGACACUCGGCGGCCUGCAGUGAUGCUCUUGCUCUGCAGAAGAAGGCGUUAAGAGUUAUGGCAUCAACUCAUGACCUUGAACACUGUAAACCUCUUUUUAAAAAAUUUAGAAUCUUCACAGUAUAUAACCAGUAUAUUUUCAACUCUCUAAACUACAUCAAGCAGAAUAUCAAUCUUUUUAAUGACAGAACAACCAUACAUCACCAUCGAACUCGUAAAGCUCAAAAUCUGGAAGUCCAAAGAUGCAGGCUGAGCAAAACUCAAAAAUCCUUUCCAAUUGCAGCCAUAAAACUAUUCAACAGCCUCCCAGCUGACGUGAAAAGCCUCACAACCUCAAAAUUCAAGAACCACAUCAAACAUGAAUUACUAGAAUGGCCAGUAUACACCCUGAAUGAUGUAGAAGGAAUCCCACUAUUCACGGGAAAGAAAUAG